UUGCAGCAGAAAAGAGCAGAGGUUGCUCGUUCUGCACGUGCUCUUAUUGAUCUUGAUUCAAGCGAAGAAUACGUUGAUUCUGAUGACAAUUCAGACGAGACGGUAGAUAAUGAUGAGGGUUAUGGGGACUUUCAAGACCAGGAUGAUCAGCACCUUCGUACAUACCAAGCUUUAGACUAUCUUCGUACAUAA